UGUUACCAUGUCUGUCCCCCCACGCUCCCAAGAGGAACUCGUCAAUGCUCUUGUUUUGGCCAAAGCGGAACUUGCAGCAGCCAAUGAGGCCAGGGAACAAGCGCGCAAAGAAUGGAUGCCUGAGAGCGGAAUUAAACGCAGGGCUCCACGUAUGAUAGAGAAGCAGAGAAAGUUGCACAAGGCUUUUUUGGACAGCGAGAAGCAUGUCGAAGAUGUCAAGGCCAAGCUCAAACAAACCAAAGAUGCCCUUGAGUUGGUGGAUGUCACAUCUCAUGGAUCUAAGACGAUAGAGGGAGGGAUGACAGGGGAAGGAGAAGCCAUGAACAUUGAUAAGACAGAGUCAGACAAAACAGACCUUCCUGAGCUUGAUGAGAAGAUGGCGGUCAAGGAGAAGGCACAGGAGGUCGAGAACGGGAAGAAGUCACCUGUCGAGGAGAAACCUGGUGAUGAUAUGGCUCUUCAUGACGGCGGAAAGGGUCUUGAUGACGGUGGGAAAGCUCUUGAUGUCCGCGCAGUAUUCGAUGGGAUAAUGAUGGUCGAGAAUGACGGUGGGGAGGUCAAGGAUGGCGAGGAGGGAUCUGCGGCUCUUGAUGAUGGCAAGGUGCUUGAGGACAGCGAGAAAGCUCUUGAUGACCGCGCAGUGUUUGAUGAAAAGAUGGUAGAGGAGAAGGAGAUGAAGGAUCCCGAAGAGCAACCUGUCCAGAAGAUACCCGGUGAUGAGAAGGCUCUCGAUGACGGCGCAAAGGGGCUUGACAGUGAGAAGGAGAUUGGUGACAAGGCACCCGACCAGCCACAGGAGCUUGGCGACGAGAAGAAGAUGCUUGAAGAUGGCGACAAGGCCGAGCACAGAAUGCCCAAGUCACUCCGUUCUUCAGAUAGCGUAGCUGAUAACUCAGCGUCUAAGAAGCGGAAAGCUUCUCGAAAGGCUGUUGCUGUUGAUGCAGAAUCCGAGCCAGGCAUCGAGCAGGGUCUCCUUGAGAUCAAUCAAGAGGUAUUCAGUGACGACAACACACCCAAGAAACGCACCAAGAACACAGCAACUGUACCUCAGAAACCUGAGGACAAGCCUGAGCCUAAGAUGCCCAAGAAUGUGGACGAAAAUUAUCGGCUUGCAAAGACAGAGGAAGGGAAGGACCUCAAGUAUGGCCCCGAGAAAAAGUCCGCAGAUGAUUUUGUUGAUGCACUGGAAGAGCAAGCAACAAGCGAACUCUUAUCAUUCGAGCAGCAAAAAUUCUCAGCCACACCAUUUUCGCUGCACCCUGAUGUUCGCAGACUGAUGAGGGAAUUCCGUACAGGAUUCUUGCCUGGACUCGUACCCAGAUCCGAAGAAUGUGUCCGCGAAAUCCUGACAUCAACGGAUGGUAAGGCGAAGACUGACAAGCAGAAUCCCGAGCAACAACCGACUUACAAAGAAGGGCGCAUGCAGUGCCCUUCGCACUGGGCAGCGCGAUCGAACGGCGACAUCUACAACGGAAGUGACACCACCAAACACAAGCUUAUGGGCAUCCCUGCUCCACCGGAUAAAGAGCGCAACUGCAAAGAGACAGGCAUUUGCAAUUGCGGUUGCGAUCCCAGGCGAGCAGUGGAGGAAUAUAUGUGGAUGAAGCAAUGGGAGAUUGAGGAGGACAAAAGAUUUGAUCACGGGGAGGCUGGGGAACGACUGGUGGACGUGGAACCAGAGGACGCCGUGCACGAGAAACUGGGAGCCGAAGUCCUCGGGCCACGUAUGCGGGAGUUCGUUUCGCAGAUGAUGCACCGGUGGACACGUCUGGAUCCGAAUGAGUUUUUUGCCGUGGACGGUGAACGCUACGACUCACUGGAGUAUAACCUCCGUCUUCACCUGUCCGUGAUGCACAAGACCGCCCUGCAUGUCAACGAUCUCUUGUUGGAGGCGCAGAACAACAAACGUGUCGUUAUCAACGAAUUCGACACCAAUUUCCUCGACGAAUUCGCACGUUUCACCAGUGACAAUGGACUUGGAAGCGUUGCAAACGGCGAGAGUGCUGGCGAAGGUGAAGGAAUGGUUGUCGGAUAGGUUGCUGUCAGAACGGCUGGCAGAUUUUUGUGCCAAGUAUCCGCGCUGUUCAUUAAUAAGAUCGUUGUAGACAAG